GGACUUAUCAAAGGGAGAGCUCAGAAACGUGAAGCCAAGCGGCAUUAAGUAGCUGCACACCAUCCCAUGGUCCUUAUCUACAUUCAUUUUGUGGGAAUUGUCCUACCUUCUCACCUGUUGCAUGGCUUGUGAUCUGCUUUCAGGAGUUCUUUCCAUAAAUAGAAAUUCUCUGUGAAGCACAUGUUCCUCUGCUGUGGUGUCUAUGCCUCAUCUUUGGUGCAGUUUUAUUUCUUACUGUGUUACCUUUGCUCACUAAUGUCUUUCAGUCCAGUGAUAUUCAGUGAGUUGGGUGAGGAGGAGGAGGGUGAUGCAGCUUCUGAUUUAGAUUCUGUUAAAGCCCUGACAGCAAGACUGAAGCUGCAGACUCGCCGUCCAUCCUAUCAGGAGUGGACACAGAGAGUACAGGCACGUCCAUGGGUGAGAAAUCGAGGAGUUAUCCAAGAAAGACAAACUUCCAGUCAAGAGGAAGACACCCCCAAAAACAGUGUAUGUGGAUUCAGCUCCAUAGAUGAAGCUUUGGAAUGGCUUAGGCAAGAACUGAGGGAGAUGCAAUCCUCGGACCACCUUCUAGCACGGAAGCUUAUGCAGUUGCGAUCUCGGAUAUCCCAGCUGAAAAUAGAGCAGACUUGCGAGAGACACAAGGAGAUGCUAGAUGAUGCUACUUAUGACCUAGAGGACUGUGAUGAGGACUCUGACCUGCUCUGCAACAUUCCCCCACGAGCAGCCUUUUCUCUUUCAACUCCCCUUAAACACAUUGGAGUUACUCGCAUGAACAUUAAUUCACGAAGAUUCUCCCUCUGCUAGGAAUCACAUCAGAAUAGUCACUGACUGUCAAAAAAACCUCACAUACACUACUUCAUUUUAAGACUAUAUUAACGGAACUGCCUGCUAAUAGUCUGUAAUAUACUGUAUGCUUUCACAUGCUGAAAGUGACCAGCUCAGUAGCUGUAGUCUGACUCUUCACUGUGGCUGAUAUAAACUCAUCUCACUACCCCCCGCUGGCUAGUAAGGACAAAAUUAGAAGUACUAUAAAAAGUUAUAUUUGAAAUUAUUAUAUACAAUAAAACAUAAUACAAUUGUGCUGUUA